ACAUCGAAAGAAAACCCAGAAUACUGUUCAGUAUAUCUCGUAGCGAUACCAAGUCAUGAAGAAGGAGGAACAACUUCAACAUGGACAAAUCGAGCUACUUAUUCUGCCGAUAUUUAUAUUAAGCAUCCAGAAACAUUUGUGGAGAUAAAGAAAGCAACUUUAGAUACGACAAAAUUCUCAGCGAUAAAACCAUUAAGAGGUUGGAAUAGAUUUUGCAAAAAACAUCUACUUCCCUCGGAUCAAAUAAUACUUGGUAUAGAGUUUGAUAAGACAGAAUUCGGCACCCCAGACGAGAAACCAAGAUUUCCCGGUAAUGGUAAGCCAUUCCCUGACGACUUGGUAACCGCAUGGGCUGAUCAAUUGAAUAAACCCGAGCAUGCAGAUGUUGAAUUCCGAGUUCAAGGGCAAUCUAUUUAUGCUAAUACUACAAUACUCACGCGACGAUCUGAAUACUUUCAAAGAAUGUUCGAGGGACGAUGGAUGGAAUCAAUCACUUACAACCAAAGUGAAGAGGAUCAAAUUCAAAAUGAACAGCAGCCACCACAACAACAAAUUCCAACACCUGAAGAUGAAGAUACUGAUAUGGAUAGUAACAUUUUGGGAAGUAAUUCAACAUUCUCUCAUAAACGAAGACGGGUCUCUGACAAGGUUAUAGAUUUUCAUCCAGACACAUUUCUCGAAAUGUUACGUUUUCUUUAUACCAAUCGUGUAUCAUUUGGACCCAGGGAUUCUCCAACGUCGGCCGUAAAUAUGUUCAAGAUUGCCGAUAAAUACUUGAUCGAAAAUUUGCAGCAACACGCUAAAGUAAAAUUAUGUCGGGGAGUGAAUGUGAAUAAUGCCGCAGAGUUUUUAUUUACGACCGCUUGGCAAUAUGACGAAUUACGAGACCACGUGAUGAGCUACGUGGUGCAAAAUUUUCAAAACGUAUGCAAGACUCCAGGAUUCAAAAACAUAACUUUGAAUUCUG